AUGAAUAAAGUUAUUCAAUAUGGAGGAGUUGAACAAAUUCCUUUAUAUAAUUGCAGUGCAAUGUCUGCCGAAGCAUGGUCUGCAUCAUUCGGUGUUAAACGUCCGAUUCUUGGAAUCAUCAGUAUCACGUAUGGUAUUUUUAUGGUAUUUUUAUGGAAGUUUUAUUUGUUCCAUGUCUAUUUGUAAUCCUAGACAAUGAUUUAUUCCGAAUGUCCUGUUACAAAAUAAUGUUUGUGGUUGGUAUAGUUGACAUGUUGGCACUGUCAAUGAACUCUAUUUCAACUGGGCUACUUGCCUAUCAAGGAGCUGUGUUCUGUACUUAUCCAGUUUUCAUUUACUUUUUGGGCCUUGCUGGGCUUGGAUUGUGGUGCUGUUCAUGUUUUAUGAAUAUCUUGCUCCUAGUUAAUAGAACUAUGAACAUUGCAAACUCGUCCCUUUCCCGCUACUUUUUUGACGGGUAUCGAACUUAUAUAGCUCUACUUGCUCCAAUAAUUUAUGGCCUCUAUUUUGUUUUCUUCACACCAACCUGUAUGUUUUCCUCUCGGUACUAUGCCUGGUUCUACGAUCCAUUUAUUUUUCCUAACAUGACUUCACAGUAUACCAACAUUCCACAUGGAGUGAAUAAUCUGAUGAUAAUGUGCGGAACGUUUGUAUUUUACGGAUACAUUACGAUCCUUAUUUGGAAAGCGAGAAAAACUGGAAACUCGCACGACUUGAGUAGUCAGUCCUAUCAAAUUCUGUAUCAGUCGAUAGCUGUUUGUUUUAUCAAUCAAGUGUCAUCUAGUGUCUAUGUAAUAAUGAAUUUUGUCCUGGUUCCAGAAUGGAUUAUAGUUCUUGCACAACUACUAUGGCAACUUGAUCAUGGAAGCCCAGUUAUAAUCUACUUGACUAUGAAUCCAACAAUUCGUUCAAGAUUUUUCGAGAAAAUAAAAUGGCGAAUGAGAUGCACGUCGUCGGUGCAGCCAACAUCUGUUCGGAACGCAUCGUCGUAUAAAUUGUGAAU